AGGUAUUUUUUUGCUGGAAAAUUUAUAUAUAAAAGUGAAAAGAAGCUAUCUCCAACUCUGUUUUCAAAGAAAGGUCCUUCUAUUUCGAAAGAACAUUAUUGACCACAAGGAUCAAAAUAAAAAAACACUAGUGUGCUAGCUGAUCAUCUCAAACCAUAAUCUUUAGGCAAAUAUUAAUUAUAAUUGGUUUGACAUAUAUCUUUUAUUGAUCCAUAUAAAUCAUAUGAGAUACUUUUAACCAGCUCUUGAACCCAAUCAAUUAUUAUACAUCACACAACAAAAUGGUCAUGGGUCCAACUCCAUCAGUAUUACAAUGGAGUGGUUAUCGUCCAGCACCUCAAACCAAACCAUUAAAUGAAUCUUCAGAUCUAUUUCCAACAAUUUCCACAAGUGAGGCUAUAGUAAAUCCACAACAACAAAAUGGAAGUAUUACAAACAUUGCUCAAUCACCUGUCAACCAAAUCCAACAUCAACAUUCACAACAACAUCACGAUUUUAAUUCACCAACAAGCACAAACUCCAGCUUUUCCCAAGCCAAAAAUCAAUCAUUUGAUGAUUAUAGAUAUUCACAUACUUCAACCAACUGGUUAUAUGGACCUGGUGCUAACGUACACCCUGGUCACCAACAUCCAGAAUUCCAAUUGGACCCACAACAUAAUACAACUUCAUUUGAUGACGUAGGUACCAAUUUCAAUGGUGAAGAAGCAUCAAAACCAAGAACAGAAUCAUCUCUAACUUCAAUGUCAUCUCCAGAAUAUUCAUCAUUGUUAGAAGAUGACAAUGGAUCACCAAAAAGCAUGAGAGGCCGUUCAAGUUCGACACAAUCAGCCAAAGGGAAAGUCCAUAAAGAUGCAACUGGCAAAACUAAAAGAUCAAGAAUGGGUUGUUUGACUUGUCGUCAUCGUAAGAAGAGAUGUUGUGAAAGAAGACCAAAGUGUCAAGAAUGUGAAAGAUUGGGAUUGAAAUGUACUUGGCCUGUACCAGGUUUGGAACAUAGAAACAGACCAAAGAAUGCCAAAAUGAAUGAAGAUAUGCAUUAUGAUGCCUUUUAUGGUCCUAUUAAAAUUCUGAGAGGUAUUGUGGAGUAUAGAAUCAAUGCAACUUCAUGAUCUAACACCAUCUGUCCUUGAAAUGUCUGUUUGUUUUUUUGUAUUGGUUUGUUUGGUUUAAGUUUGGUGUUAUUUAUUUAUAUUUUAAUGGGCUUUGAUUACUUCAAAAAGCAAGAAGAUAACUAUAGUGCUUACAUUUU